AUGCAGAGGUUUUACAGCGACCAGAACAUCUUCCUCUUCUGGUCGUAUGGGAACUCUGCUAACAUCCAGGGAUCCGAAGUCGCCGAACUUGCCGUAGCUGCUGCAAAAAGAAUGGGAGGCAAUGUCGAGAGCGUGGUUUUACAGAGAAAAUUCAAGUACUUUCCUCAUGUAAAAAGCGAAGACAUGAAGGAAGGGUUUUACGACAAGCUCGAGUUUCUGCUACAAGGUCAGCAAAACACUUACUAUGUCGGCGGGCUGAUGGCAUUCGAACUGACGGAGAGGAAUUCUAACUACGCCUUCGAGCUUGUCCGGAAGCAUUUCUCGAACGAUAAUCCUGAGCCAAACCAUCCGUACGUCAAGAGAUUGCUGACGGUGGUUCCAUCUCGCGGCAUCUUCGUAUCUCCCAAGAAGUUGGAUGAAUCGUCUGGAGUUGAGUUCCCUGAUCUUACCUCCCUCGAUGCAUAUUUAAGGCAUUGGGGAACUCACGGCAUCACCCGAGAGAAAACGCUGUACAAAUGGAUCAACGAGAAGGGGAGCGUCGUAGGGCGGAGAACAUAUCAAGAACUCCACUCCAACGCUUCGAAAAUUGCCGAGAAGCUCAUGACGAGCCGUAAUCCGAUCAUCAAAACCAGGGACAGGGUUCUUCUAGUCUAUCCACCGGGACUCGAUUUCAUCGAUGCCUUUUUCGGGUGCAUAAGGGCUGGCAUUGUUCCGGUACCUGUAAUUCCUCCCGAUCCAUCUCAGAACGGCGGGCAGUCGCUUCUUCAUCUUUCCAACAUCGCAAGAGCAAGCGGCGCAGUCGCGAUUCUAUCGACGGUUAGCUACGACAUAAUGGUAAAAGCAGCCUCCGCCCGAAACAUGCUGUCGCUCAACGGAACAAGAAAAUCGUCGGCAGCGCGCUGGCCAGAUCUUCCGUGGCUGCACACCGACUCUUGGAUCAAAAAGUUCAAAAUCUCCUUCGCCGGAAGCUUCGCACCUGUUGAAACUAACGAACACGGCGCUUCAUCAGUUCAUGACUUGUGCUUCCUCCAAUUCACUUCAGGUUCGACCGGCGAGCCGAAAGGAGUCAUGAUAACCCACGCCAGACUUAUUCACAAUGUGAAGAUGAUGAGGAGACGAUACAAGAGCACAUCGAACACGGUCCUCGUAAGUUGGCUUCCUCAAUAUCAUGACAUGGGGCUCAUCGGGGGACUUUUUACAAGCAUGGUUAGUGGGGGAUCUGCAGUCCUGUUUUCGCCGACGACAUUCAUCAGAAACCCGCUCUUGUGGCUACAAACAAUAAGCACACACCGUGCGACGCACAGCGCCGGCCCCAAUUUCGCCUUCGAGCUCCUUGUUCGUCGCUUGCAGACGAACAAAGCACCGAAUUUCGAUCUGUCUUCCAUGGUUUUCCUCAUGGUUGCAGCUGAACCCGUCCGGGCUUCCACCAUGAGGAAGUUUCUUAAGCUGACCGAAGGUUUCGGGCUCUCUCAAGAAGUGAUGGCUCCCGGAUACGGAUUAGCGGAGAACUGUGUUUACGUCUGCAGCGCAUAUGGAGAAGGGAAGGAGAUACUCGUCGACUGGCAAGACAGAGUGUGUUGCGGUUACAUUGAUGCGGACGCCGAUGCCGAUGUCCAUAUCAAGAUUGUCGAUCCAGGAACUGGCAAGGAGCACGACAAUCCUGAAAAAGAAGGGGAGAUAUGGAUCAGUAGCGGUAGUGCCGGAGUCGGAUAUUGGGGGAGGGAAGACCUGAGCCAGAAGACAUUCAGAAAUGAGCUGAUCAACGAUCCCGGGAAGAACUACACGCGAACUGGAGACUUGGGCCGCAUCAUCGACGGGAAGCUAUUCGUCACAGGCAGGAUAAAAGAUCUCAUCAUUGUCGCCGGAAGGAACAUAUACUCCUCUGAUGUCGAGAAAACUGUCGAGGACUCAUGCCAGCUAGUCCGCCCCGGAUGUUGUGCUGCAAUCGGUGUCCCCAAGGAGAUACUCUCGUCAAAAGGUGUCCAAGUUUCCGACAUUUCUGACCAGGUCGGCUUGGUGGUGAUUGCUGAGGUUCGAGAAGUUAAGUACGACCUGAAGGAAGCGAUUCGACAAAUUCAGACCUCUGUCGCAGAAGAGCAUGGGGUUAUGCUCACUUCCGUCGCCCUGAUAAAACCGAAGACCAUAAGUAAAACAACGUCAGGCAAAAUCAAGAGGUUCGAAUGUCUUAAAAGAUACGCCAAUGGAACAUUGGAUAUCGUUGAGCAGUUAGUCGCUGGAGAAAAGUUGCAGAUCAAAUCAACCGAAAAUGCAUCAGAACCUCAAGCUCCAAGAACUUACCUGCAGCCACAGUCCAGGGGAGAGAUCAUCAAGUUUUUGAUGGAUCUUCUCGCCCAGAUGACCGGAGUUUCGAUUGCUAACAUCUCCACUGCAGAAAGCCUCGUCUCUUACGGGGUUGACUCCAUCGGUGUCGUUCGCGCAGCUCAAAAGCUUUCGGAUUUCCUUGGGGUCCCCGUCAGCGCGAUUGAUAUCUUUACAGCAACCUGCAUUGAUGACUUAGCAGACUUUGCAGAUUCUCUGCUAAAGAAAUCGCGUCCACAAUCAGCCACCAGUGCGCCAAAGUGGAAAAUCGAAGCAGCACCAGCACCGGCAGCAGUUCUUGAGCCUUCUUCAACACAUAAGCUGCAGAUAUGGUUGAUGCAGCUUGGGGCACUCGCUUACAUCAGCUUUUUGUUGAUGUUUCCUGCAUAUAUUUCUGUCUACGCCUUUACAUAUUCGAUGCCAGCUUACCACGAAGAUAACUGGAUGGGAUACUCGAUCGCUGUGGCCUGCGCUCCUCUUUCUUGGAUGCUAUGCAUUUUGUCCACGUGCAUUUGCAUAGCGCUCUUCGGCGCUCCAUUUCUGCAGCCGAACUACGCCUUGGAUCCCAAUCUCACAAUAUGGUCUGUCGAAUUCGUCAAGUGGUGGGCGCUGUACAAGGCUCAGGAGGUAUCGUCAAAAGUUCUAGCAGUUCACUUACGAGGUACCGUGUUCAUCAACUACUGGUUCAGAAUGCUCGGCGCUAAGAUCGCACCCUCUGCAUUGCUCGACACUGUUGACAUCACCGAUCCAUAUCUAGUUUCGAUUGGGGAAGACACAGUUAUUGCAGAAGGAGCACUGCUUCAAAGCCACGAUGUGAAAAAUGGAAUCUUGAGCUUCUGUCCGAUCAAAAUUGGCGCAGGAGCUUCCAUAGGACCGUACGCUGUGCUUCAGAGAGGCAUGACAGUGGACGACGGAGAUGAAGUAGCUGCACUGACUUCCGGCGCUGAAAGGAAGAUCGAAACAUCAGUACAUAACUUCCGAAAGGGUAAGAUGGAACAGCUAGAGAGGGAGAAGAAUCACGCAAAUUAUGCGCCCAUAGUUCAGUUCUUCGGCAUCUAUGCAGUCGGUUUUCUUGGAUCCUUAUCCGCUGCCAUUUCUUAUUUCGUCUACCUCUGGAUACUGCAGAAACCUCUAAACAUCGAACACUUUGCCUUCAUUUGUGUUGCCGGAGCAUUCCAUUGGCUUCCUCACACCAUCGUUGCAUACUUUGUGAUGUUCAACGCUAUCACUGUAAACCCCAUCAUUUUUGCCAUCUCCAUAGCCACAGCUUACACCAGUUACGGCGUCAUGCUCAGCUGUCUCACUUGCUUGCUCAAAUCAUCCUUAGCAAGUAAUGAAGGCGAAUCACGAACACCGUUGAGAGACUGGCUUGUUCGCCGAAUUGUGACUGCUUGCCAUAUCCGAUUCGCCAAGUUCCUUUCAGGGACAGAAGCCUUCUGCACGUACUUACGUUUUAUGGGAGCCAAAGUUGGAAAGCAUUGUUCCGUUAGAGCCAUAAAUCCCGUGACUGAUCCAGAACUCCUUUCCAUCGGCAAUGGUGUUCAUUUAGGGGAUUUCAGCCGCAUCGUUCCUGGUUAUCACACCUCUGGUGGCUACAAAUCGGGAGGGAUCAAGAUACAAGACAAUUCUGUA